AUUGCUGGAGAUAAGAGCCAGUUCCCCCUGCAAACUUGCAAUAAUAAACGGACAACUGAUGGAUCAAAACAUCCUUACAUGACAGACAGAUGGACUGGCAAAGGCCAACAUUCAUAAAAGAACCGUCUCUGACUACAGCUUCCUUGCCUUGAAAUUGCGUGUGCGUGCGUGGAGUGGACGAGGAAGAAGGGAAGGGGAGGUCGUAAAGGUAAACGCCCACUUUAUGGAAGCGGAAGUAUGGAGAUCAGUGCUCGCCUGCUGCCGUAAACUGGAAGCCUAUUUGAUUCUGAGCUCCAUAUUUCGGUGGCACAUCUGCAGUCAUGAUAGGCUGCAGUGAACUGCUGCAGCGGCGGCGGCUGUGAGGAGACUCUCCGCCCGGCAUGCAGACAUGGAGCGCUCGGUAAACAGCUGUUGGAAACGUCGAGCCGACAUGUGUUGAUCCGUCGAACUAUGGCGAACUGUUGAAAGGUGUCUCUGCUGCCAUGGAGGUGGGUAGUCUCCCCGUGGAGCUGUGGAGGGUUAUCUUGGCUUACCUCCCCCUCCCUGACUUGGGCCGCUGUUGCCAGGUGUGCCGUGCCUGGAGGGAGCUCAUCUUCUCACUUGAUAACACCCGCUGGAGGCAGCUCUGCCUGGGCUGUCCCGAGUGCCGGCAUCCCAACUGGCCCAGUCAGCCCCACCUGGAGCCCCCGUCCUGGAGGGAGGCCCUGAAACAGCACGCUCUCGCCACCCGCACCUGGACCAGAAACGGACAGGAGCUCCAGUCUUCCGCCUGCCUGCUCUUUUUCCGCAGACGAAAGGAUCGCAGGGUUUGGCAUGUGGGCCCUGGGUAUGAGUUUGAGACCCUUCGAGGGGCUCUUGGUGUGGUGGGGCCAUACGACCGUGUGUUCCUCCAUCCAGGGGUGUAUGAAGAGCAGGCGGAAGUGGCACUGAAAGUGCCUGUGGAGCUGGUCGGUGUGGGGCGACUGGGUGAAGUGGCCCUCCUGGUUUGCAUUGAGCAGCAGUGCCCGACUGCCAGGCUGUGUAACCUGGUGUUUAUGCCACCCUGGUUCUCCACUGUUGUCUACAAGACAUCAUGGGGUCAUGUCCAACUCGAUAACUGCAAUUUUGAGGGAGCCCAGCUGCAAAUCCGUGGUCCUGGGACGUGCCAGGCUCGAUUUUGCUCCUUCUCCCAGGGCAGCUCUGCCCACUUGCUGGGUGUUGUCCUCAGUUUGUUGGACAGCUGUGAUUUCUCUGGAAGUGACUCAGCUUCUGUGACUGUGGAGGGUCCUCCGGCAUCAGAAAGGAACUGGGCUUGCAAGCACUUGGCUGCUCUGGCUAGGUCAUUCCCGUCUCAGUCCAGCAGCACUCCCAGAGGUCAUGAAGGCAGCUCCAACGAUAAGCCCGAACCUCCUGGUGGUAAUGUAAAAAAGGAGAACAUAAGCAUGGAGGACUGGAAGAGACGGACCGGUGGAGAUGCAGUGUGUCGGGGCACAGUUAUUGAAGAUCCCUGGAGUGAUGGUGAGCACAGCGAUGGGGAGGAGGAGAACCAGGAAGGAACAAACAACACCAAGAAGCUCUUUACGCUGGAUUACAAAAUCCUUUAUGACCACCAUGGGCUAUCCCAUUUACUGAAGCCUCGGGCAGAUGGCUCUCUGCCUCUUGCCUCCUCACCCAACCCUCCAUCUGUGACCCCUGAACCUCUCACCCUGCAGCAGGAGCUAGACAGGGACCCCGAGGCUCAGAUGCUCGCAUCAUCGAUUCUCGGCUGCAUCCUGAGGCGCUGCGUGUUUAGGGACGGGAAAGGGGGUGUACAUCUGUCAAACUAUGGGCAAGCUCGACUGGAGGAAAACUUGUUCCGCAGCCUGAACUACGCCGUCCGGUGCAUCCAGCAUUCCACAGGCCUCAUCGCAGAAAACAACAUCCACUCGAAUGGGGAGGCUGGGCUAGACAUCCGAAAGGGAGCUAACCCCAUCAUUCUGUGCAAUAAGAUACACAGCGGUUUGCGUUCUGGUGUUGUUGUUCUUGGCAAUGGGAAAGGUUCAGUUCGGAGCAACCUGAUCUACAACAACAAAGAAGCCGGUGUGUACAUUCUCUUUAGCGGGAAUCCAGUGGUAAGUGGAAAUUGCAUCUUCCAAGGCCAGGCAGCAGGAGUUGCUAUAAACGAGAAUGGCAGAGGGCUGAUAACAGAAAAUGUGAUAAGAGAGAACCAGUGGGGAGGAGUGGACAUCCGCAGAGGAGGUGACCCAAUACUGAAGAACAACUACAUCUGUUAUGGCUACUCCGACGGAGUGGUGGUGGGAGAGAGGGGGCGUGGACUUAUUGAGGGAAAUCAUGUAUACUGUAAUAAAGGUUGCGGUGUGUGGGUUAUGUCAUCCAGCCUUCCCCAGCUUUUGGGGAACUACAUCAUUCAUAACUGUAUGUACGGACUGGCGGUGUUCUGCAGGAAGGAUCCGGACAACAUUGAAGCCAGGGAGGGGAACUGGCCUGGACAGGAAGGGAUGGGUGGAGAUGUGGGCAAUGGGGAAAGGAGAGGAGUUGAAGGAGAGGCCAGGGAAGGGCAGGAGAACUUCAAUGAAGAGGGGGAACUGUUCGCUUGGGAGAGUGAUCUGGACAGCGAGGAUGAGCGGCACUCUGCUCGGCGCUCUAUCAGCGUGGCGCUAAUGGAGGGCAACUGUGUGAGCUUCAAUGGAGCAGUUGGCCUGUAUGUGAAGAGCAGUGAGGCCCUGAAUGUUUUUGCAAACCUUAUGAACAGAAACUGCGGCCCGGGCGUUGCUGUGCUGCAGAGCACUCAGCUGACCCGGCUCGUUACUAACUGCAUUGUUGAAAAUGGCCGGGGUGGCGUUACAGUGGAGAAGGACUGCAGAGUGGAGCUUCGCGGUAACGGCAUCUAUGAAAACAGUGGCCACGGUGUCAGGUUUAGUGGCAGCGGGCAGAUAGUGGAGAAUGAUGUGGUCAGUAACUGUGGAUACGGCAUCCAGGUUUCUGCAAGCACCGAUAUUAAGGUGGUUCGUAAUCGUGUCCAACCAGCACAGGGUUGUGGUAUUGCUCUGCUGGGCCCAGUAAAAGGUGUCGUCCAUGACAACAUCCUGUUUCAGGGUCAUCCAGAAAACAAGAAACCACUCCUACACACAGAUGCUGGAAAUGAAACCUGCGUGUUGCGUAACAACAGUAUUCUAAGGUUUAAUAACAGUGGUGCAUCUUCCCCGCCAUGGGUUCUAGAAAACCCGCCUCCUCGCCCUCUGGCCAGCUCCCCUACAGGGCUCUCAUCCUCCCAGUAUCCUUCGCGGCUUGGGAUUUCCGUGACAACCAGAGUUGGCGCUGCCGUAGAGAGCGGAUGUCACAGCGGCAGCAUGUUCUGCUCCAUCCUGUGAAUUAACGGCCAAGCAUGCAAAAACUGAAGUGUGUUGCUGUGGGGUCCCAAACUGGUCACUUUUUACCUACCGAUAAUCCAAAAGAAGUACUGACUUUUUCUUCCAGGAUUCAUGAGAUCACCUUUGGCUCUGUAUGUAAAUGUGAUGUUUUUUUUAUAAAUUAAGAAUUUUACAAUAAAAUGCCUGCACACAAGGUUUUGAACAAAAACUCAUCCAAAUAUCAACUGCAUGUUUCACUGAAGCUUUAUCUUAAUGGUCUUUCACACCACAGACUUGUUUUUAUCAUUCUGCUUUUAAUAGUUUCUGUUUAGGAUGUGCGCUUUAAUAAAUCCCAGUAGCAGGGGAAGGCUUUAGAAAUUAUAACUCAUCUGGUACAAAUCUGUGCCUUUUUUGAUAUUUAAAAAAAAAAAUCUACAAUUGUAGCAGGGGGGUUUGGAAAGAUGAUCGUAUGAAGUGAAUAUGCAACAACAAGCCAAAAUUAAGCUUCUGCCUCUUGCACAGUGUGUUGUUUUAAGGUGAGUUUCUGGCUUCAAUGCCCAACACUCAUUUCUUGCAACCAAACAGAAAGAGAGUGUGCAAUAUGGCUACGUUCACACUGCAGCCUGAAGUGACCCAUUUCCGAUUUUUUUUUUUUUUUUUUUUUGCCUUAAUGUUACUUAUGUCUGAUCUUUUCACGACAGUCUGAACAACACAGAUUGAAAUUCUUUGAAAGCGACCCAAAAAAAUCAGAGUUAGGUCACUUCAAGCUGCAAUGUGAAUAUAGCCUAUGUGAAGUCUACAAAUGUGCCUAUAGAGUAAAGCUGGAUGUUAGGUCAUCUAGAGGUUGUUUACAGCUUAUUAGUUUUUACAUCCUCAACAGUAAUCAUGAAAAACAAGAUGUGCAACUCAAAGUUUCCUCUUUUCUCUUUUGUCUACAAAACAUAAUAAAUGGCUCUUCUUUGUGAUGUUUC